AUGUAUUAUAUAGAGUCUCUAAUAGAACUUCUGUUGGUCUUUAUAGAUACUGAUAAUUCCUUUAAGCGAAUUACAGACAAUAAUCUUAAACUGCACCCUCAAAAGACCGGCUUCCCUCAGCCUCAGAUUUCGCACCAAAGUGACCGAUUCCUUAGCCCCCAGAUACCCAGGAACAACACGCUCUCGGUCGUGUCAUCUCAGCCCCAGAUUUCGUACCAAAGAGACCGAUUCCUCAGCCCCAGAUUUCAAACCAGAGACCGAUUCCUCAGCCCAGAUUUGCACCAAAGAGACCGAUUUCAGCCCAGAUUUCGCACCAAAGAGACCGAUUCCUCAGCCCCAGAUUUCGUACCAAAGAGACCGAUUCCUCAGCCCCAGAUUCGCACCAGAGACCGAUUCCUCAGCCCCAGAUUUCGCACCAGAUUCCUAAGCCCCAGAUUUCGCACCAAAGAGACCGAUUUCUCAGGCCCAGAUUUCGCACCAGAGACCGAUUCCUUUUCGCACCAGAGACGAUUCCUAUGCCCAGAUUUCGCACCAAAGAGACGAUUUCUCAGCCCCAGAUUUCGCACCAGAGACCGAUUCUCAGCCCCAGAUUUCCCCCAGAUUUCGCACCAAAGAGACCGAUUCCUCAGCCCAGAUUCGCACCAGAAGACGAUCCUCAGCCCAGAUUUCGUACCAGAGACGAUUCCUCAGCCCAGAUUUCGCACCAAGACCGAUUCCUCAGCCCCAGAUUUUACCAAGAGACCGAUUCCUCAGCCCCAGAUUUCGUACCAGAGACCGAUUCCUCCACCCAGAUUUCGCACCAAAGAGACCGAUUCUCAGCCCCAGAUUUCGCACCAAAGAGACCGAUUCCUCAGCCCCAGAUUUCGCACAAGAGACCGAUUCCUCAGCCCCAGAUUUCGCACAAAGAGACCGAUUCCUCAGCCCCAGAUUUCGCACCUAGGAGACCGAUUCCUCAGCCAGAUUUCGCACCAAAGAGACCGAUUCCUCAGCCCCAGAUUUCGCACCAGAGACCGAUUCCUCAGCCCCAGAUUUCGCCCAGAGACCGAUUCCUCAGCCUCAGAUUUCGCACCAAAGAGACCGAUUCUCAGCCCCAGAUUUCGCAACAAAGAGACCGAUUCCUCAGCCCCAGAUUUCGUACCCACGAUUCCUCAGCCCAGAUUUCGCACAAGAUUCCUCAGCCCCAGAUUUCGCACCAAAGAGACCGAUUUCCUCAGCCCCCCAGAUUUCGUACCUAGGAGACCGAUUCCUCAGCCUCAGAUUUCGCACAAAGAGACCGAUUCCUCAGCCCCAGAUUUCGCACCAGAGACCGAUUCCUCAGCCCCAGAUUUCGCACCAAAGAGACCGAUUCCUCAGCCUCAGAUUUCGCACCAAAGAGACCGAUUCCUCAGCCUCAGAUUUCGCACCAAAGAGACCGAUUCCUCAGCCUCAGAUUUCGCACAAGGACCGAUUCCUCAGCCCCAGAUUUCGCACCAAAAGACCGAUUCUCAGCCCCCAGAUUCCCCCCAGAUUUCGUACCUAGGAGACCGAUUCCUCAGCCUCAGAUUUCGUACCAAAGAGACCGAUUCCUCAGCCCCAGAUUUCGCACAAAGAGAGACCGAUUCCUCAGCCCCAGAUUUCGCCACCAGAGACCGAUUCCUCAGCCCCAGAUUUCGUACCAAUAAGACCGAUUCCUCAGCCCCAGAUUUCGCACAAAGAGACCGAUUCUCAGCCCCAGAUUUCGCACCCGAUUCAUUCGCACUUCCUCAGCCCCAGAUUUCGCACCUAGGAGACGAUUCCUCAGCCCCAGAUUUCGCACAAGAGAACGAUUCCUCAGCCCCAGAUUUCGCACCAAAGAGACCGAUUCCUCAGCCCCAGAUUUCGCACCUAGAGACCGAUUCCUCAGCCUCAGAUUUCGUACCAAAGAGACCGAUUCCUCAGCCCCCAGAUUUCGCACAAAGAGACCGAUUCCUCACCCCAGAUUCGCACCAGAGACCGAUUCCUCAGCCCCAGAUUUCGUACCAAAAGACCGAUUUCCUCAGCCCCAGAUUUCGCCCAAAGAGACCGAUUCCUCAGCCCCAGAUUUCGUACGACCGAUUCCUCAGCCCAGAUUUCGCACCAAAGAGACCGAUUCCUCAGCCCCAGAUUCGCACCAGAGACCGAUUCCUCAGCCCAGAUUUCGCACCAAAGAGAACCGAUUCCUCAGCCCCAGAUUUCAGUUCUCAGCCCCAGAUUUCGCAGAGACCGAUUCCUCAGCCCAGAUUUCGUACCAAAGAGACCGAUUCUCAGCCCCCAGAUUUCGUACCUAGGAGACCGAUUCCUCAGCCCCAGAUUUCGCACCAAAGAGACCGAUUCCUCAGCCCCCAGAUUUCGCACCAGGAGACCGAUUCUCAGCCCCAGAUUUUCGACCAAAAGACCGAUUCCUCAGCCCCAGAUUUCGCACAAGAGACCGAUUCCUCAGCCCCAGAUUUCGCACCAAAGAGACCGAUUCCUCAGCCCCCAGAUUUCGUACCUAGGAGACCGAUUCCUCAGCCUCAGAUUUCGUACCAAAGAGACCGAUUCUCAGCCCCAGAUUUCGCACAAAGAGACCGAUUCCUCAGCCCCAGAUUUUCGCACCAGAGACCGAUUCCUCAGCCCAGAUUUCGCCGCCCUCAGCCCCAGAUUUCGCAGACCGAUUCCUCAGCCCCAGAUUUCGCACCAGAGACCGAUUCCUCAGCCCCAGAUCCAGACCGAUUCCUCAGCCCAGAUUUCGCUCCGAUUCCUCACCCCAGAUUUCGCACUACCGAUUCCUCAGCCCCCAGAUUUCCCCUAGUUCCGAUUCCUCAGAUUUUCGUACCAAAGAGACCGAUUCCUUCAGCCCCAGAUUUCCUCCUGUCCCGAUCCCUAAUCCCUAGUUCCUAUUCCCUAGAACUUAGACCCCAGACCUUAAACCUGACCCUUACCCUAAUCCUUAGUCCCAAUCCCAGGCCUUAUUCCCCGUCCAUAGCUUCUGUUCCGAUCCCUAAUCCCUAG